AGAGCACAACACACUUAAAAACAGCUGUCACUAGAUGAUGCAUGCAACAGGAACACAUAAAAGGAGACAGAAACUUGGGAAGUCCUUCGGCUAAGGGAAGACAAACUGCACUGAGGUUUAUCUCCAUGGAGAAAUCCAUGGACAAGCUAAGCAGCGACAAGCGGACAGCUUCUGGAGCACCUCAGGCUGAGGUCAGUCCUGCUCCCACCGCAGGGCCUGCAGGAAUGAGCGGAGCAGGACCCCAUGCAGAAAAUGCUGCUGAUGUGGAGAGACUGGCAUUCACUGAGGGACAUUCCAAAGAAAUGGAGAGCUCUCCAGGCACAGAGCUAGACAGUGCUGAUGCCUUGAAAACAGCGUUUUCAGGAGACGGUCUGAACUCAGCAUCUCUUGCUGUAACAAACCCGAGCUCUCCUGAGGUAUGCAGUUCUGAAAGGGACGACCAGCCUUCACCCACAUCAUCUGUCGCAGACAUGGACUGCCUGGUCUGCUUCAACAAGUACAGCAUUUAUCGGGUCCCAAAGCUCCUGGGCUGUCAGCAUGCUUUCUGUGCGGUCUGCCUGAAGCUCAUCCUCAGGAAAGAGGAGAAUACCUGGAUAAUCACCUGCCCCCUGUGCAGAAAAAACACAUUUGUGUCAGGAGGACUUAUCCGCACGCUCCCAAACAAAGAAGAGAUCAUGGACCUCUUGGAGCACCCCGACUCAUGUCAUGAGGUACACGUCUCGGGCAUCGGGCUGGAUAGCAGCAGCUGGGCUCAGAGCAGCCAGGACAUUGUAAACAGAGACCCAACGAUCCCAGCAGACAACAGACUGGCUGUGCAGAGACUUGUGCUGCUCCUGCUGCUUUUGGUGAUUCUCACCAUCCUCAUCCUCCCGUUCAUAUACUCCGGGAUGAUAAAAUGGGUCAUUUGUAUCAUGCUGAUUUUGGGGUUGGUCAUGUCUAUGGUGCUUUGCUGCACUCCUAAAUUUUACUGGCGCUGCAAUGGAAGCUCACUCAGGUCGUGCCACAAGGAGACCCACAUUGCUGCUAUUGCCUGAAACAAUUUGAGAUACCUGGAGAUAAUGCCUCGUUCCCCUUGCACAGCUCAGUGUCAGCAGCACGAGUCAGUUACUGGACUUUGAAAGCAAACACAUCAUAAAUUCAAAGCGUCUGACAUAGCCCUAAGGCUGAAUGGCUAUGCAGAGUGCUGCUUUAAUAUUACUGAAAACAUAGAAAAACAUCUGUAUUCUGAUAUUUGUAAGAGAAAAUUGUAAGCCUUCCUCACAGCUUCUAUCCCAGAUGAAUAAUUGUUUUGUUUUGCUUUGGUCAUUUUGUUCUUGUUGGUGUCAUCUCUGGAUUACUGCUGCAGAACAUUAUCUGAAACAUCUGACACUGAAAAUUUGUCCCCGUUGCUGUGUUUUCCUGCUCUCUUAACAUACCCACACCUUUUCUUGUGAUAAUGUGGGGAAUUAGCCUGAUAAUCUGGGACUGGACAACCAGCCUCAACGGAAGAGGGUGAUUUUAACCCAGUUUAUCACCUUAGUCUGUAUCAUGGACCAAAAGGUUGUUGUCAGCGGUGGGAAGGUAGGGCUGGGAGAAGGCAGCCACCUUAAGUUGCCACCUUAAGUUGCACGCAAAACUAGAGAGGAAGAGGCAAAAUCAACACUUCUAAUCUUGAGUCCACAACUUACAAAGGGCAAGGCUCUGAAAAGCUCAUGACAUUCCAAGCUCUCUGUGCUUUUUAGCACAGAAAUGGUUCCUCUCAGCUGCACUCCUCUAUCUGGCUUCCUGUACCACCUCUCCUCUUGCUCUCUUUACAUUAAGUGUGACAUUGCCCUUGGAGAUGCCCACAACUCUCCCUGUAGAGAUCAAAAUAAAUCUACCGAUGGUUAUCCUAUGCCAAAUCUGAUAUAUUUUUUUUAAUAUAUGGAAUAUAUCCAUUAAAGUUUAAUAAUGCUAAUUGCUCAUUGACUUCUGCGUUUCAAUUCUGCAUGCCAAUUAACAUCAAAACAUUUCCCAGCUCCCUCACUGACAGGAUCUACAGCUGAGAGAGCAUUCUGUGAGUAAAGCAGAAAAGUAAUGCGGUGGGCUUUUUUCUUUGAAUAAGGAAAACAAACCUGUCAAGCCCUCUCCACAGCAGUGGAUGACUGCUACUAUAAAUGUUUGUAACAAAUACUAAUUGAGCCCCAAUGUGAUGUGCAUGAAUACAGAAGAAUAAGCUAGAAGGGUUAAAGGAAAAGCGUGCACCAAUUGCGCAGAACACUGAUCUCAUUCAAAUGACGAGAUAGCAAGGAUGGAACACACUUUCCUGAAGAUGACAAAGAUGACAUGAGCUACAGCCAUCACGUGGCCCAAUUAAAAACUGAAGGGCAGUCUGGCCCAGGAGAAGACACUUGGGAAGGGACGAAGUGAGACUGGCACCAAACAGCACCCACUCUGGAAGGGUGUACAGCUCACACCCAGCACCAGUUUGUUAUCUCCAGUCAAGAGAUACUGCUCCUGAACUGAUGCUCACAGUGCACACACACACAAAAGUGUUAGAAAGGAAUGUUUUACCUCAAAACGGUCAUCCUGCAGCUCUAUACCAGCACAUUACAAACUUGUGCUCAGCAGUUCAGCUGGAACAACGCUUCAGCCUUUACAGCUUCUAGCAGUCAUCCAAUUCAGAGUUCAUGGAUGUUGGCAGAAGUCAUUACAUCCUAUGAGCUGAAUUCUUUUACAGCAGCUAUUAAUUCCCAAGGCCUGACAAGAUAAGGCUCAAUGACAAUGCAAUCCUUUGAAGGGGCAUGUAAGUUUAUGGUGGAAAGCUGCAAAAAAAUGUGUUUGUAUUCAAAAACAUAAAAGGAUUUGUUUGUAUGCAGUUCUCCUUCAUACCAAUCUGAAUGGCAAUCGAGUUGCAGUUCCAAAUUACCCUGCCUUGCUUACAGUAGCUAGGUGGGUCCUGAUUUCACAUAGUGAUUAAAUGACAUAGCAUGGAAAUAGUGCAUGGUGAGAAAUGGGCCAAGGUGGUGGCUGACAUCCUGCACAAAUACCCCAGAACUGCGUUUUGUAAGGACGGAACGCCAUGGAGACAUUAAGAGCAUGAUGAGACCCAACAAAUUAUCGUGGAUUGUAUAGACAGAACCCUGGCCCACGUGUUCUAAAUUGCUUUUAACGGCAGGAGAGCUUUCAAUCCUCGAACACAAGAAACAAAUCUGCAGAUUUGGUUCUGAGAACACAGAUUUGUGUCCAGAUGGCUUUCUGCUUGUUGUGAACCAUGUGCAGAUGUCCACUGUGGUUACCUGGGUCGGUUUUUGCACCCCAGCUGGGAUCAUGGGGCCUUCUGAGCCUCUCGUCACAUUGAAGUUCAUGAUGAUGCCCAAAAACCAAAAGGGUGAUAUGGAUAAGGAGCACUUGUGAGAGCAAACCUGAAGGUGUAAUGCUAGCAGCAAGCAAGCAGGACGUUUGGACAAAUCAAAUUUGGCUUUUCAACAGAACAUAUUUCAGAUAUUUUAUUUUAGAAGACUCAAGUAGCGGAUUUUGAUGUAUACAUCAGCUACCGAGCAGCCCAAACUAGGUUCACUUUCACAAAACGUGAUCAUCCAGCAAAGCUGCUUCCUUCCUCUUGAAAAGGCAAAUUUUGCCACGGAUCACCAAGCACUGUGCUUGCUCCGUGCCACCACUGGAACAAAAACACUGACCAAAACCCAUGAAACCAAUGCAGUGCAAUUCAGGGAGCUGAAUUAACUCCACAGCCUUAGCACAGCCCUAGGAUUUUGACAAGGCCAAUUAACCAGAGCUGAGCAGAGCCAAGCUGAUUGCACCCGUAACUCUGGGUUAUGGAUGCUGGUGUUUGCUGAUCGCUCUGCAGUUUGUUUAGGUAACAGAGCUGUGUCUCUGGGCUGAGGAGAUAAGGAAGUUCUGCAGGGAAAUAGGAGGUCCUCCUUGGAUUUGAUUACUGCAUUUGUAACAUACACCUGGGAAACUCCUGCAUACGCAACACGAGUAAUGUAGAUAAGCUGAAGACCCGUUGUGCAGGCUAUGCAUUAUAGGAGGACGACCCCCACGCAUCCAGCGCUGCUUUAAAGAAUGCCUGCUUUCUAACACUCCAACUCGAAUCUUAGAGACUUUCCUGAUCGACUGAUUUAAAGAAUCAAGCAGCAGCUGGCCUUGCUGCUUCCUCCCCAUCGGGCCGGUCAACAGCGCAGGUGAGCCAUCGCCUCAGCCCGGUGCCCGCCAUCACCUCACGUGAGAUGCCGCCUCAGCGCAGCGCGCUUCCUUCCCGCCCUUCGUAAGCUGCGCUCGCUGCUACGCUAUCGGCGUAAGGAGAGCAGAGGGUCGCCCGGCUCUAUCCGUACGGAACCUGCAUAUUUAUGAAGAAAUUGAUAUCUGUGUACUGCUCACAGCUCUCCUCGACUGAAGAGGUGACAGAAAAGGGCCAAGCGAAGCUGCCCUUCUAAACACUCAGCAUCACAAAUCACUGUUUAUUUCCAAUGCUGCUUCCCAUAAUAACUUAAUACAUCUGUGUUCAGAGGU